AUGUCUGACACUGGAGCGCCUGUGGCAACUGCGACCGAUCCCGCUGCAGCCCGCAAGGAGCAGCAGGCAGCUGAUCUCGCGCGUGCUCAAGAUGCUGGAUGGAAUAAUCCUGUCCCUUUCCAGUACGAGACCGUCGUUGGUGGCACUCCCGCUGAGGACGAGACCCGCGACACUGCCGUCUGGCUGUCCGAUGCCGCCAUUUACCAGUGGGACGAUGAAUUCGGUGACGUGGGCGAGCCCAACCCAGAGUUGGAGAAAAUGCUGUUCGACGACCAGUAUCUCCAGCGCGCCGGCGGUGCCAUCAAGGCGCUCUCGUUCGAUAUAACUCUCGAGGGUCCCACCAAGAUCAGCCCUGUCCGCAACUUCGAGGAUGCUGGUCUUCACCCUGUCAUGCUCGACAACGUCAAGUUGUGCCAGUACCGGGCUCCAACUCCGAUCCAGGCCUACUGCAUCCCCGCCAUCUUGUCCGGACAUGAUGUCGUUGCUGUUGCUCAGACAGGUUCCGGCAAGACUGCUGCCUUUCUCCUUCCGAUUCUGUCAAAGCUCAUGGGCAAGGCCCGUCAACUAGCUGCUCCGCGUCCAAACCCAGUCCGGUGCAACCCUUUGACUGACAAAGUCCGCGCUGAGCCGCUCGUCCUCAUUGUUUGUCCCACUCGCGAGCUCGCCUGCCAGAUCUUCGAUGAGGCGCGUCGACUGUGUUACCGCACUAUGUUGCGUCCUUGCGUCGUCUAUGGUGGUGCGCCUACCAAGAACCAGCGCGAGCAGCUCGAGAUGGGUUGUGACAUCCUCGUCGCCACUCCGGGUCGUCUCAUGGACUUCAUGCAGAAUGUCAACCUGCUGUCAUUCCGCCGUCUUAAAUUCACGGUCAUCGACGAGGCUGAUGAGCUGCUCUCGACUGGCUGGGAGAAGGCCAUGGAGAAGCUGUUCCAGGGUUCGGAUCAGAACUCGGAUGCUGACCACACUUACCUCAUGUUCUCUGCUACCUUCCCCAAGUCUGCUCGCCGAUUGGCGAAAGAGUAUAUGGAUGAAGAGUGUGUACGUAUCAAGGUCGGUAGGGUUGGCAGCACCCAUCAGAACAUCAAGCAGCAGAUCAUCUUCACUGAGGAGAGCGCCAAGAGCCAGGCGCUGUUCGACUUGAUCUUCAGUGAAGGACCCCAGCGCACCCUGGUCUUCACUAACUCGAAGGUCAAGUGCGACAUGGUGGAUGACUAUCUGUACAACAAGGGCUUGCCUGUCACCUCCAUUCACUCAGACCGUACUCAGCGCGAGCGCGAGGAUGCUCUUCGUUCCUUCCGUACCGGCCGCUGCCCUAUCCUGGUUGCUACCGGCGUCACUGCUCGUGGUCUUGAUGUUGCCAAUGUCAAGCAUGUCGUCAACUACGACCUUCCCUCUACCAUGCACGACGGUAUCACCGAGUACAUCCACCGCAUCGGCCGUACCGCGCGCAUCGGCAACGAGGGCAAGGCCACGUCUUUCUACAAUGACCGCAACGAAGACCUUGGUCCAGAUCUGUGCAAGAUUCUCUGCGAGUCGAAGCAAGAGAUUCCAAAGUUUCUUCAGGAGCACAUGCCCGACGACCCUACCACUAUCGAUUGGCAUGACGGUACUGAUGACGAGUCUGACGACGGUCUCGGUGGCGGCUUUGGCGGCGGUGGCAAUGAUAGUGGCUUUGGUGGUGGUGGCUUCUCUGUUGAUGCCGACGACAAGGUGGCUGCUUGCACUGCACUCGUGCAGAUUCCGCGUUUUGUUCCCCUCUCCAUCCUACACAUCACGUCGCCUAAGGGGCCGCAUCCAUUUCUCGUAGCGCUGCCAAGUCGAAGAGGCAACCUCAUCUAUAUCUACGUCUUUGUGCCGCCAAAACCGGUCGAUCUUGAGGGCAAUGGCGAUCAAGACAGGAAAGAGACUGGAAAAUGGCGUGUGCCUGUGGUGCUGGACUUUCAUGGUGGAGGCUUCAUAAUGGGAUCGCCGUUGGAACAAGCGCCGUACGCUUCAAUGAUGUCUCGCGAGCUCGGGGCCGUUGUCAUCAGCGUGUCGUAUCGCAUAGGACCUUUCCAUCAAUUCCCUGCGGCAAUCCACGACGCCGAAGACGUUCUAUCAGCCAUACUCGAUACAAGUGGGGUUUCGAAGGCCGGCAAGGUCCUUAGGGAGGAAAUUCAGCGGUACUACUCGAUAAUACGAUCGGAUGCGCUGGAAAACAAGAAGGAACCUACUGCUCCACACGUCGAGCACUGCGAGACCAUCACUCUCGACCCUACACGUCUUGCAAUCUCGGGCUUCUCAGCAGGAGGAAACAUUGCUUUGAACAUGGCUAUAUCAGUACCUCCGUGUCCCGAGCUUGGAAUGUCGACUACACUAGGGCCUCACUCGCGCACCAAUGGUCCGGCCCCUGCGGACACCAUGUCGCCCAGAUUGCCCGAAAACCGCAGAGCCACAAUACUGGACGAUCCUUUCGAGUCGUGGCCAUCUCUCCUACCCCCACCCCAAGCACAGCCUCGCAUGCUGCCACUUCUCUUGUUCUACCCUUCGCUGGACGCACGACUACUGCCACAUGAGCGUCCCAUGAAGCCUCUGCCCAACGCGCUGAGACCUGACGAUCACCAUCAGCAGAAGCCGAAAGCACCAGGACUGUUUUCAAUCAUGGGUCCAACAUAUCUCCCGCGCAAGCUGCGACCACAUCCACGAGCGAGCCCCGGCUUGAACGAUCCUGUACACAUCCAGAAAAACGCUGCCAUCCUCCUCGUCUUGCCUGAAAAGGAUAGCUUAGCAGUACAAAGCGAUGUAUGGGUAGACAAGAUGAACAACAAUGAUUGGAAUGGUCCUGUGCGCUUUGGCGACGGACGAGAGGGCGAUUGGGACGGACACCGGGGCGGACAAGCUGGAUCUUCCAACGUGCCUAGCACGCAGAACGGAGGCAUGGAAGUUUGGCACGCGCCCGGUUGCAGACAUGGCUGGACACAGUUUCCAGAUACGUUUGUGCCUCAGCAUGAGCGCAACGAGAGAGAACUGGUGUUUGCGAGGACAUUGGACUUUGUCAGAGACAAUUGGAAGAAGGAGCUGCGAGUGGAGGGGAGACAACUAGGGAAUCAGAUUCAAGAGUUGAGGCCGUUGAGCAUACCCAGUUCGAACGAGUAG